CGUAAAUUCAUUUAGUACAAAACCAAAAAAAAACAAUAAACUAAAGAAACUAUCCACCAAGUUCGAAAAUGUAUUGUCUUUGUCUUCCUAUAUAAACUCCAUUCUAAUUCCCAACACAACACAUUCUUUCUUCUUCCAUACACUUCAUCUCUAAACCUUCUGUCUCUCACAGAAGUGUAUAAAAAUAUCUCUUCAAUGGAGAUCAUCAAGAGCUUCCUCUGUUUCAUCUCUCUCGUGGCCCUUCUCUUCACGUCUAUGGCAGAAGCUAACAAAGCACACCACCACGAGUUCAUCAUACAAGCGACGAAGGUGAAGAGACUAUGUGAAACACACAACAGCAUUACGGUCAACGGAAUGUUUCCCGGUCCAACACUUGUAGUCAACAACGGUGAUACUCUCGUUGUCAAAGUCAUUAACCGGGCCCGGUACAACGUCACAAUCCACUGGCACGGUGUGAGGCAAAUGCGAACCGGUUGGGCUGACGGACCGGAAUUUGUUACUCAAUGUCCAAUCAGACCGGGAUCAAGCUACACGUACCGGUUUACAAUUCAAGGACAAGAAGGUACACUUUGGUGGCAUGCUCAUAGUUCGUGGCUUAGAGCCACGGUCUAUGGUUCACUUCUCGUCCUACCUCCGGCUGGUUCGUCUUAUCCAUUCCCAAACCCUCACCGCAACGUCCCACUCCUUCUCGGUGAAUGGUGGGACGCAAAUCCGGUUGAUGUAUUGAGAGAAUCUACACGAACCGGAGCUGCUCCGAAUAUCUCCGACGCUUACACCAUCAAUGGUCAACCUGGCGAUCUUUAUAAAUGCUCUUCUAAAGAUACGACAAUAGUACCCAUCAAUGUUGGUGAGACCAUACUACUACGAGUAAUAAACUCCGCACUGAACCAGCCGCUAUUUUUCACGGUGGCUAACCACAAGUUCACGGUGGUCGGAGCUGACGCGUCAUACCUAAAACCCUUCACAACCAACGUCGUGGUUCUUGGCCCCGGCCAAACCACCGAUGUACUCAUAACUGGUGACCAACCACCUAACCGCUAUUACAUGGCCGCAAGAGCUUACCAAAGCGCUCAAAACGCACCGUUUGGCAACACAACCACAACCGCAAUCCUGCAAUACAAAUCCGCCCCUUGCUGCAGCGGCGGAGGCGGCGGGAUCAAUAAGGGUAUUUCCGUCAAACCAAUUAUGCCGCUCCUCCCUGCUUACAACGACACAAACACAGUCACUCGCUUCAGUCAAAGCUUCCGAUCACUAAAACGAGCUGAGGUUCCGACAGAAAUCGACGAGAAUCUCUUCGUAACCAUCGGACUCGGUCUCAACAACUGUCCUAAGAAUUUCAGAUCAAGAAGAUGUCAAGGUCCUAACGGCACACGCUUCACUGCAUCCAUGAACAACGUUUCGUUUGCUCUCCCAAGUAACUACUCUCUCCUUCAAGCUCACCACCAUAAUAUCCCCGGAGUCUUCACAACCGAUUUUCCGGCGAAACCUCCGGUAAAAUUCGAUUACACUGGUAGCAACAUAAGCCGAUCUCUUUACCAACCUGUGAGAGGGACUAAGCUGUACAAGCUCAAGUAUGGAUCAAAGGUUCAGAUUGUUCUUCAAGACACCGGUAUAGUAACUCCUGAAAAUCAUCCCAUUCAUCUUCACGGCUAUGAUUUUUACAUUGUGGCCGAGGGUUUCGGUAACUUCAACCCCAAGAAAGAUACUGCAAAGUUCAAUCUUGAGGAUCCUCCUCUUAGAAACACCGUCGGUGUACCUGUUAACGGUUGGGCCGUCAUCAGAUUCGUCGCAGACAAUCCAGGGGUUUGGAUAAUGCAUUGUCAUCUAGAUGCACACAUAUCAUGGGGACUAGCAAUGGCUUUCUUGGUUGAGAACGGAAAAGGACUAUUAGAGACAAUGGAGGAGCCUCCGGCUGAUUUGCCCGUAUGUUAGGAUCUUGAAGAUCUUUGUAACAUAAUAGUUUUCAUGUUAUAAUUCAAUUGUUUUUCCUUAUUUUUUUUUGGUUAUAGAUUAACCGGCUCUACAUCCUGAUAGACCGGACCACGCAGCUUCUUUUUUCGCAAUUAUUGAUGUAUUCUUUUGACAUCAUAGUACCAAAUCAGUGGUAUCAUGAAAUUUGAUAUUUUUGUGUCUCUCUUAAUGCUUGAGUUGUAUCUUUUUCUUCGAUCCGGUAAGUUGUGUUUGACCAAGGG